GCUGCAAUCACACGGGAAGGGAGCAUCUCCCUGGAUCACCGGCUGUGCUUCCUGGGGCAGGGGGCAUAAAGUGCCCCACACUGACAAGCAAGCACUGUGCACACUCUCCGCCUGCCCCCUGCAUGCCACUGCUCUUCCCAUGUGAUGCAGGCUGGGUAUACUCAGCACCACUGACAUUGCACCUGGACUAUGGACAGCUUUGACUUGGCUCUUCUUCAGGAUUGGGGCCUGGGUGACCUCUGUGGACAUGAACAGGACAAGAACAUACUGCACAGAAAAGAGUGGGAAAGGAAGACUCAAGAAAUACAUGAAUGUGAAGUUGAUGACUUUCAUUCCAAUUAUCCACUCUUCAGCGAGCCAUAUAAGACUAGCAAAGGGGAUGAACUUUCUAGUCGUAUCCAAAGUACUCUAGGAAACUAUGAUGAAAUGAAGGAUCUAUUGACCGAUCCGUCCAACCAGAGUCAUCUUGUUGGCAUUCCGAAAACUGACCCAUCACAUAUCCCUGUACAGAAGGUAGAGGACAAUUUUCUGCAGUAUCCUCGAGAAUCUUGUUACUCAUUGUCUGGUACUGUUCAAACAGGAAGUAUAACAUUAACUCUCCCUGUGCAGCUGACUAAACAAACCACUAUGAACUGGCAGAAUCUAGGACUUUCCCCCGAGGACCAUGAAAUAAUGAGCACAGUGGACCAAAGAAUUGAUUCUUCGACUAGUGACUUUACAAGUGGUCACCAAAAUCAUAUUAAAGACAAAAAUAGAAACUUCUCAAUAAGUCCUCCAUCAACCACAUCUUCCAUCGAUGACCCUCAACAAAAUAUGUUGUCUUCAACAGAGAAUAGUUUACCUAAUAAACAGAUGUCACAUUCAAAAUUAAAUUGUGAUUUAGAAAUCGGUAUUUUAGUCAAAGAUAAUGCUUGCAACAAAAUCAGCACUGGUGUCCAUACAAUGCAAAAUUUCCCAGGUUCUGUUGUCUCAAAGUUGAAUGUGGUACAGCAAAAGCCAACUGCGUAUGUUCGUCCAAUGGAUGGUCAAGAUCAGGUGCCAAGUGAGUCGCCAAAACUAAAGUCGUCUAUCAUUAUAAACAGAGGACUAUCCAUUAAAUCUGAUGGUGAUAGAAUGCAAAGUGACAAAAGAGACACAUUUGUGGAUCCAAACCUGGAGGAGGAUAAUGAACACACAGGCGUAGGAUUUUUCAGUUCAAAACAUGGUGAUUUGAAAGUCAGAAGCCCAACAAGUUGUCCAGCCGAAAUAUCGACAUUAGCUGAUGACUUGAAGCUGAGCAGUGAUGAAGAGGAUAUUGAUCAGCCAACAGCCAAGGGACAAGCCACUGGAAUCCAAAGCAACAGUGGUGUAGUUCAGGAAUGCAGCGGCAGAGCCUCUAGAGUCUCCAUCAAAGGCUCGAGCAGCAGUUCCAGUGAAUCUGACACUAGCUCGGAAUCGGACUCUGAGAGCGCUAGCAGCUCCAGCGAAAGUGAAAACAGCAAACCCUCCGGGUACACCAGCGAGCCUGAACAGCGAACUUCAAACAAAUGGCAGCUGGACAAAUGGCUGAACAAAGUUAAUCCACACAAGAGUUCGAUCCUCAGCAACACUGCUAGCCUAUGUUACAGUGGUAUAAAGGAAGGUGGGCAAGAUUGUGAUAAAGUGCUACAAGACAGCCAAACUGUCUGCGGUAACAGCAAAACCAGAAGCCCUGGCAGAAACGACCAGAGGACACCUUGUACUAUCCCAGCAAGUCCAGCAGUGACAGUGACAUCUUCUGUGCCUAUAGCAUUCGCCCUUCCAUCGGAAAGCCCUCCUCAAAGAAGAGCAGUUUGCAGGAAGCUAACUAGGAGAGCAGAAAGGACAUCUGGUGGUGUUAAUCAGAACUGCAAUACUCCACAUGAUACUUCCCUGAGCCAAGGGAAUGAUGGACCUGAACUAACUAAAAAUAGGCUGAUCUGUAGCAGGGGCUUGCACAGAAAAGAACCUAGGACAGUCAUACUUGGGUGUGAAAGUAGGCGGACACGAGCCCUUUGCAGAUCAGCCCCCAAAUCCAAGGAAUUCCCUGAGUCUUCAACUCAGUCUUCAGGCCAUGGCACUGAAACUGAACUUGAGGUAUCACCAGCUCCAAGAAAUAUCUGUGCUACAACACUGACUGUACCAGAAAGGACCCACGGGUUGAAAAGUUGCGAGAGCAAUAAUAUUUGUAGGCCUAAUCUUCACAAUGCGACUGGCUUUUGCAAUUCGAGGACUAGAAACAAUGCAAGCCAUGAUCUGGAAGAACAAUAUUAUACACUAGUCCCCUUUGGCAGAAAUGAGAAUGUUCACUCUUUAAAGGGAACUGAGGAGGUAAAGUCACUUUGGGUCAGGAUUGACUUGACUCUUUUAUCGAGAAUUCCAGAGAAAGCACAGCAGGAACUCAUUGCGAUGAAUUCUAGUAAGGACACAUUACCCUCAUCUCAGAGUAAAAGGUUUGCUCCAGUUCAAGAAAGCUCAAUGCUAAAAAUGCGGAGAAAGCGUAAGUAUGAAAACGAAAGCUCUCAGGAUAUGAAAAAGAACAUUGUAGAAAAGGAUGAUCCUUUACGAUUGCCUCUGCCAGUUGAUAGCUCUGAAGCCAUUAAUGGACACAGUACAAACCUCAACAGAGAUGAGAUAUCCGCUCCAGGCAAAUCCAGUUGUGGAGACAUGUUUUCAUCUUCCAGUAGAAACCGCAGGGCCGAAAGGCGGUCACCUGUUAGGCAGAGGUCACUUCAUAUUCCCUCAGACAAUACAACUGUGUGCAAUAGAGAAGAUCUACAGACAGACCAUUGGUCACCUGGAUUGAAUGGGCAUAAAGAUUCAAGGAGGACUAAGCUGUUGUUUGAUAGCACGCCACGCAAUGCAGAUCACUUUAUGCAGGAGGCCAAACGGAUGAAGCAUAAAGCAGAUGCAAUGAUGGACAAAUUCGAUAAGGUCCUGAACUAUACCGAAGCUGCCCUUUCUUUCAUUGAAUGCGGGAACGCAAUGGAACAUGGACCCAUAGAAUCCAAGUCACCAUAUGCUAUGUAUUCCGAAACAGUUGAGCUCAUAAGGUAUGCCUUGAGGUUAAAAUCCCAUUCUGCUCCCAAUGCAAGUACUCGGGACAAGAAAAUCACAGCAUUAUGUUAUCGCUGUCUGGCACUUCUCUACUGGAGAAUGUUCCGACUCAAAAGAGAUCAUGCAGUGAAGUAUUCUAAAGCUCUGAUUGAAUAUUUUAAGGGUUCAUCAAAAGUCCCUCGAGCACCUUCACCCUGGAGCACCAGUGGAAAGACCACAGGAGCUCCAUCUCCCAUGUCAAGCAAUCCUUCUCCAGUGAACCAUAAUGGAUCUCAUGGAAGUAUUCACAGCACAGGUGCCCCAUCCAGCACUUCUAUAAUCAGCAUCCCCCAGCGCAUUCAUCAGAUGGCAGCCAACCACGUCAGUAUUACCAACAGUAUCCUGCACAGCUAUGACUAUUGGGAGAUUGCAGAUAAGCUUGCCAAAGACAACAUAGAGUUCUUCAAUGAGCUGGACACAUUAAUGGGACCGAUUACCCUACACAGUUCUAUGGAACACUUGGUACAGUACACACGUCAAGGACUUCACUGGGUACGGCACAGUGCACACUUGCUUUAGUGACUUUUAACCCUGGUGGGCUUGUGUCCUCAUUUUCAAAGUAAUUGCUUUCCAAACAUUGUGCUCCGUGACAGCACUUAUCUGAAUCUCGAUGGAUAUGUCUUCAGCACUGCUUCACACAACCAUGACUUGUUUUCUGUCAAAGUGCUGGGAGAAACUUUUUACCAAAUCAUCUGUAAAGCCAAGACAGGCAUCAAGCUGUCUGAUGGAUAAACCUGAUCCCUGGACAUGCUGCACAAAAGAGAUAUUCUCUUAACAUAUCUUUUAGGACAAUAAUAUCCAGUUGUUCAAAAGAGAUUAUUCUGAUUAUAUUAUAUUGAUGGUAUAACUUAAAGAAAAUGUUUUAAAUAAAUAUUUCUUAUAUCUG